UAACAUGUACGGCGCCGAAAGUUUGUCCCAGCGCACUAAUAACAUGGCAGAAUCAGACGGGGAUGUGGACUAAUUCUACAAACCUGACAUUUGUCCCGACUCGGAGUCACCAUCAAACUGCACUGAUUUGUCAGAUGACCUUCUCAUCAUUGAAGAAAUAUAUCCAAAAUGAAAUCACAAUAUCUGUUCAGUAUCCACCUUCCAUCUUUAUUACCACACCAGAAAUACAAAACCACAACAGCACUAACCGCACCACAAAUCAGGAGGUAACAGUGCAAGAAGGAAGCUCAUUGGCUCUGAAAUGUUCGGUGGACAGUAACCCAGAAUCGCAGGUGACCUGGAUGAAGGGAGAGAAGAACGUGCUCAUCGAGGGCAAUGGGAGUGAGCUUGUGCUCUAUCUGAGCAAUAUUAAAGCCAGCGGGGCAGAUAAUUAUCAUUGCUUGGCUCACAAUAAUCUCGGGGCCAUAAAUCAAACCUUCAUAAUCAUUGUGCAAUCUGCAUAUGUAUCUUUUAUUGUAGCGGAUAACACAAAGUAUUUUUUGAUUGCUGGUGCAGUCGGAAUUGCUGCCCUCUUGUUGGUUGCUCUUACGCUGAAGCUUCUGUUGAGUAGCAGGUGAGACAUUAUUAAAGCCGGGACAUUUGCUUUUUUAUUUGGCACAUAAACUGAUUUAACCAAUCAGAAGCUACCUCAAAGAAACAUUGUGU